AUGGAAAUUAAAAUGAAAUUAAUGUUUCUAAUUUAUCUGAUAUGUGUAACAACAGCUCAAAAUGAGAGAACACAUAAGAGCGAAAGCACAGUCGAUGAUGAAAGAAAAACCAGGGAAACAGAAAGCGAACGAAAUACAAUUGAAACGGGAUCGGACUUCGAACGACGCAAGUCUGGCCAAACAGGUUUGGAGACAGUUACGAUGACUGGAGCUUCUAGAUCUCAAUAUAAACACAGAAAACAAGGACAGGUCAAAGCUGUUGGAAAAUUCCGUUCACGUGGAAUGGGUAGAUACGGUUUAGUGUCUUCAGAAUCUACAUAUUAUGUAAUUGAAGGCAAGUUCGAUAGAUAUGGCCGAAAGAGACCUACUAAGUCGAACUUCAAAACUCGAGGAAAAGAAAAGAAAUAUUCUAAAAAGAUUGUUGAUAAUCAAUUCGAUAUUAAAGGUGGUUUAAUUGAAGAACGUAAAUAUAAACGAACUGGUGAUUAUCAAGCUAAUGGUACUCAUGUUUAUAUUGAUCUUCAAUCUGAUCGCCAGAAAUCUUCGUCUUCAAGAGUAAAGCAGAACGAAGACAAAAAUAAAACACUUCAAGGAUUCUGCGAAUAUGAUUUAUAUUUGACUAUAAUAAAAUUUGUUGUUUCAUUUUGA